AUGGCUGGGACUGACGUGACUGAAUUCUUGGUCAGGUGUAUGGAAUUUGAUUCUUCGACGGGGAAAGAAGGAAAGUACGCUACUUUCCUGGCAGAAACGCUACGUGAGGAUGGGUGGAAUGUUUUGGAGCAGACGGUAGAAGGGGAUCGUCGUAAUUUGUUGGCUACUCGGGGGAGUCCGAGGGAUGUAAAAGUAUUAAUGAACACUCAUCUGGAUCAAGUACCACCGUAUAUCCCACCUACUAGGGAUGAAAAGAACGUCUAUGGGAGAGCUUGUAACGAGACAAAAGGCACCAGCGCUAUCCAUAAGCUGUUAGAGGUGCUCGAUGAUAUUCGAGGCCAUGGAUGGCCAAAAAGCGAAGUUCAUGGAGACACAACUUUCAACAUCGGCUUAAUCCAGGGCGGUCAUGCCCUUAAUGCUUGGGCAGAGAAGGCGCAGGCUUCAAUCUUUUUCCGAGUUACUACUUCCGUAAAGGAUAUCAAAGAACGUCUCGAGAAAAUCGUGGCAUCCAGGGCCGAGUUAGACUACAGCCUUGGUGGUAAUGACCCGGUCACCUUUAUCAAGUUCCAGGCAAAACGCAUCGCCUGCUCCUUUAAUACUGAUGCUCCGUACUACAAGAAAAUGGAUAAGCUGAAAGGAGCAUUUAUGUAUGGAGCUGGCUCGAUCACCACAGCUUUUUCGGCUGGGGAAUUCGUGGCGAUUGCCGAUCUGAAAGAGGCCGUUGAGAUGCACUACCGUCUACUGGAGUCGUUGUUAAAGGCU